GCCAUGUCUUAUUUCUAACCACAGCAGCUUUAUCGAUUUGUCAUUUUGUUGUACGUUUACAAGUAUUUUUUUCAAUACACAUUUUAUCUUAUUUUGUUAAAAUCUAUCACUUUUUCGUUUACUUUGAAGUGAAGAAGCAAUGGUGUUCUUGGCGUGAUGACGUUAGCUUGCUAGCAGCUUGUUGUCCUCCUCACUCCUGCUUGUUGGCUGACCAGUAAAUACUUGGACUGUGAGGACAAAAGAAACUGACUCAACAGACUGAGACCAAUAAAAAAAGCCACUUGAAGGAUGUCGUCUCUCCAAGAAGAAGAAGAGCUACCUGCAAAUCACACAGGCCCAAAAGGUGUAAUCAACGACUGGCGGAGAUACAAACUGGACAGUGUGGAUCAGACGGUCCCUCAAAAAAAGCGGGAGCUGCUGAGACAGAUGUCUAAUCCUCGAGACGAUGACAAAGAGAGGCAGAACAGAAAGAUGAGUGCGCAGGAGUACGAGCUGAUCCAAGAGGAGGAUGAGCAUUGCCUGAAGCGCUACAGGAAACAGUGCAUGCAGGAAAUGCACGAGCGCCUCAGCUUUGGUCCGAAGUUUGAAUGUGUCCAUGAGCUAGAGAGUGGAGAAGCCUUCCUGGAGGUGAUAGAGAAGGAGCAUCGUUUGACCCUGGUUGUGGUCCACAUCUACCAGCAUGGUGUCAAAGGCUGUGAGCAGAUGAACUCCUGUCUGGACUGUCUGUCUUCCGAGUACCCCACUGUCAAGUUCUGUCGCAUUGACGCCGUGGCAACAGGUGCUGCAGAACGCUUCUCUUCUGAGGUUCUCCCCACUCUGCUGGUUUACAAGGCUGGUGAAUUACUGGGAAAUUUCUUGGCCAUCACCAAAAACUUCAAUGAGGAGUUCUUUGCGACAGAUGUGGAAGGAUUUCUCAAUGAAUAUGGCCUCCUACCUGAAAAGGAGUUCAGCGCAUGUGCUGCUGAUGAAGAUGAAGCAGGGGAAGUGGAGUAAAGGAGGAAAUAAAAGCAAAUCCUGUUAAAGCAGAAGAAGGGAAGCGGGUGGAACGGAAACCUGAGAAAGAGAAUAAGCAAAAAGAGGAGAAUACAGGAGUGUAGAGGGGAAGAAAAUCAGAGCUGAGGAAUAAAGUAUAAAUAUGUCAAACACACAAUAGUAAAUAUCCAGCAGCACCCUGCAAAAUCUGACUGAAUUUAGAAGCAGCUAGAUGUAAACUUGAGGGUGUGAGGAAUAUAAAAAUCCUAUACUUAUACUACAAUAAAAAGAUUUUCAGUU